UUUCGCCUCCUCGUCCCUCACUUGUUGGAUGUGUCCGUUUUGAUUUUCAGCGAUUUUAAGCUUCCCGGUGGUCGUUUGCCCUCUCGGAGUCCCGAGAAGACCGCUGCUGUGUGUGAAGGUUAAAGGGUUUUUACAGGUUACAUGCGCGUAAAAGGCGCUUAUCCUGAAGCAUUGUCCUCGUCCUUAUACCUGUCUGUUUGCUCCGGUCGCGUACCGUGACCAUGCUCCGUUUUUCGGUGGCUGCUGGUCGUGUUUGUCCCCGCAGCCGUCCCUCUGACCUUUAGUCUGCUGGUCCCACGGCGGGAUUGUUGGGUUUCCCUUGCGGCGUUGUGCGCUCUGGACUCCGGCUCAUCCUUGGAGAAGUUCCGCCGCAGUCCCAUGCACAGCUCUUCUCUUGUCUCCUUCUGCUGCGAUAAGGAUGCUGGUGGCUUUACACGGUCAAACUCCACAGGAUUAGUUGAACAAACGGACCAUGUAACUAGAUCAGAUGUUCAUACAGUGUGGCUCUCCAGCUCCUCUCACCUUUGACCUCUGAUUUGACUUCUCUUCACCCUUACAACCUUCAAACACUCUUCUGAUGUGUUAAGCAACUUUGCUGAACAGUUUGAUGGAGAGCUGGUCGGAUGACAGCUGGAACUGUUGUCAUAACCGGAGGAAUACUGGCCACAGUGAUACUUCUGUGUAUCAUAGCUGUGCUCUGUUACUGUAGACUCCAGUACUACUGCUGUAAGAAGAAUGGGUCUGACAGCGGCUCCAUCUCUCAGCAACACUUUGCCUGCAACGCCUGCAGUGUCUCCGGCCUGGACGGGUCGAUCGUCACCCCACUUUCCGUGUCGCCACCAGAGCCCCCCAGAUCCUCCGAUUCCACCAAACCCACAGGGGGGCAACGCAGUUACUGCCCCACCUGCUCACCUUAUGACUCGCCCUUCUACAUCCGUACCACUGACGAGAUGCGCAACGGUGGCGAGCGCAUCACCUACAUGCCCACACACUAUGAGAACCAGGCGCUGGCGAUGCCGCUGCCCACCGUCCGAGGCUCCCUGCUGAGGGAGACCCAGCGAGGCCGGCCUCCUGAUUUCUACACCAACACCCGAGCCAUCAGCACCGAGGUGUGACCCCCCCUAAAACUCCCCCAACACCACCUAAACACACAUAGACACCGCUCUCUUCACUUACACACACCAGCACCACCACUAACAAAACCACAUACAUAAUUUUGACUGCAGCUGUCAGUGAGGAUCAGCUGGAUGAAGUCCACUGUUUGUGGAGGUUAUCACAUGUAUUUAGGGUUUGGGGGGUUUAAAGUAAAGACUGUCUAAGACAUCUGCUGAAGACUAAAGUGUGUGACAAGCAGGGAUUAUGUUCAACCCUAGUUCCUUACUUUAACCCUUAAAGUUUUCAUGUUCACUAAGAUAAUAAUUCUGUAAUUGACGGUAGAUGAAACUGUAUGUUUUUGUCUUUAUUCUCCCACAUGAGGGGUAUGGUUGUAAUCUUGUAAACUCUCUGUUGACUGUGACUGUGUCUUUACUGACUGAGGGCUAUCCUAGAUCAUUUACAGUAUGAUUUUCACCUGCUACACAUCUUCCUAAUGACUGCCAAAAAGACAAAAAAGGAGUGUGAUAAAGUAUGUAGUAAAUAUGAAGUAUUUUUUGUCAUGAUGAGCAGAGUGGAGACUGAAAUACAUUUGAAAAAGUUACAAUAAGUAAAACAUCCCCUCUGCAGCAUUGUGGAUCUCUGGAAGCAUGCUUGAGUUACAGAAAAGGAGGAAAAGUGUGUGACGACUGGAGCUUUCUCUAUGCAAGCUGUCUGGCAAACUACUGCAGCUCUCAGUCAUCUCUUCUCAACAGUUUUUGUCUUGUCAUGUAACUUUAUUGGAGAAUUAUUGUAAGCACGGUGCACACCCAGUAGGAUAUGAAGAUGCUGCACAUGUAGAUAGGCCUACAAGCAUUUAAAACUAGAUCAUGGAUGCGGUAGUUCUGUUGGGUUGCCAGUUCCACACUGAACCCUCACUUUCUCCCCCAAGGUGUAAAUGAGCAAGGACGCUCGAAGUAAACUUAGUCAAUUUCUCUUGUGACAGUGAUGCAAAAUGUUUGAUAUGUAAAUAUUAACCAGAAAGCAAUGAACGUGCUCUUGACGAAAUUGAGAUGCACCCUUGGAUUUGAACAUUAUGUAUUUUGAAUAAGGGAGUGUGAUUUACUAGUUUGUGCUAUUUUGUUUUACACACUCCUCCUAUACUCCUGUACUACUCUCAUGUUGAAUCUUUGAAAUGCAAAUAACCUUGUCAUUUCUUUCAUUUAAUUUAUUUUCAUAUUGUAAGAUGUCAGAAUACACAUUUAUGUGAUUGAAAACUGUUUCACAAUGCUCGUUUUCUACAUAACACUUACCCAGCAUUGCUUAUACACAAUAAUAUUUCCUGUGAUAUUUGUCUUUAUAGUUCAGUCUAUAGUAAGAUUCAGUGAGGCUGAAUAAGCAAUGCAAGAAACCUUAAGGACUUGGGCAUGGUGUGAUAAUGUUGGGUAAUUUUGCAAGAUUUUCAGACAGGCCUAGUUUUAACAUUCAAGCAUUAAACAACAGUGCAUAGCAAUUAGAAUUCAAUGAACAGCAGCUACUUUUAUCUUUUCAUUAAGGUUAAAUAGAUCCCAACUGCAGUGCCAUUACAAUAUACAUCUUGAAACUUCUCAAGACCAUUUUGCACCAAUUGUGCCCCUCCCCCCCUCCCCUCUGGAUUAACUUAAAAGGGCAUAUAAAUGUACAGAGGACUGGCAUCAGUUAAUCUGUAAAGGUUGACAGUUUUGAUGUUUGGAAAACUGGUGAAAUCUUGCCAGAAAUAUAAUAAUAAUAAUAUAAAUAAAACCAGUGUUCCUCCAUGCUGUUGUCCACUAUCACAGAUAAGGAUGCAUAGUCAUCAUUCAUUUAUUUAGGCAUUGUAUUAACUAUAUAUUUUACUACUUACUUAACCAGUUAUCUUUGAAAACAGAAAAAAAAAGAUUUUUAGAAAUGUGGUUAAAACAGAUAUCGUACCUGACGAAUACAGAAACAGUAUAAUAUUUGACAGUGUUAACUUUUGACAAUUAAAGAUUUGUAACUGC